CUGUCUCUUUUUUCUAUUCUUUGCUCUUCUUCGAUCAGCAUUUAAUAUUUCCCCAAUCCCCAGUCUUACAAAAUGAGUUUGUCUUUGUGGUUCUUCAAGUGCAUUAUCUUUCUGUUCGAAUGAGGGGCUUAUGUGUCCCAUGUUUUCUUUCCUUAAUUAUCAAGUGCAUUAUUGUCCACCACUCCAGGACCCCUCUUUUGUUUGUGAUAAUACUUGAUAUGGGAUAGAGCAUUUGAGUAGGAGGAAGUGCAGUUACUUUUUUCUAAACCAAACAUCUAGGCAAAUUUUGGUUUAAAUUCUCUUUGUGUCUGUCCUUGUGUGGUCCCCAACAUCAACGGGGUACCUCAGAACAGUUAAUAAGAAAUUAAUUAUUCUGAGAUCAUAUUAUUUCGAAAUUGUUUUAAAAAUAUUCAGCAAAUGAUGCUUGGUGGAUCUUAGUUAGCAUUCAUCAUUGAGAAUCAGAAAAGUUAUUUUAGAACUAUAUUCAGGAAAUCUGUGCUACUGUUAACUUCUAAAUGAUAAUUUCUCCGACUUAUUGUGCUGUUUGUCAUGAUUGGUGUGUAUUAAAGAGAUAUAUGAUAUUCAAUUGAUCGCUAUCUGAAGCUGGAUGUCUGUGUACUGUUCUAUGUUCGAAAUGUCCCUGCAGCUGCAGGUACAUGGACUGAGGUCAUGCCCACUGGUGAGGGCCCAUCUGCCAGAUUCUCAGUAGCUGGGGAUUGCUUAGAUCCACACUUGGGAGGUGCUCUUGUGUUCAUAGGUGGUUGUGAUAAUAACCUUCAACCCUUGGAGGACAUGUAUUAUCUAUAUACAGGCCUUGUUAGAGAGGCUGAACGAGACGAAAGAAGGAUAGAGAAGUUGUCUUUGAGGAAGCAGUUGAAGUUAAAAUGCCAGGAGCAACAAGCUUUAGCUUCUCCCUAUGAUAAUGCUCUUGUUGGAUUUGAGAAUAACGCCAAUGUCCAUCACCAACUGCCUUUGAAUUAUACACAGCCAAGUCGGCAGAACAUUUAUUUGAACGAAUACCAGACUCCUCUGGGGAAGAAGACUUUUCAAGCCAAGGUCACAAAGAGUUUUCCAGAUGGGUAUACCAUUGAAACUGUUAUAGAUGGAAAACCGCUUCGUGGAGUGCUAUUUUCCAACAAACCAAGACCUGAACAGACUCCCUGCAAUGAUUCUAUCAGAAUUAGGAAUACUGGAAGUGGUGAAACUGGUAAUGAGAAGCCGAACAACGACCAUAAUUCUGUUAAAGAAGUUACAAGACCUACAGAAACAAAUGUAAACAACUUCCAGCAAGCAGAUGUCUCUGGUGGGAAAUCUAUCAGAAAUGAGGCCCCGGUUGGAGAUGUUACAGCUGAGAUGAAGAGUCCAUCCCCCUCUAAUGCUUCACCAGCCCAAGAGGUUCAUGACGUCUCAAAGUCUUCUGCGGUGCCUGAUGUGAAUUUGGAAAGUAGUAGAGCGAGUGAUCCAGCAGAUUGUGGUACUACGAUUUCUAAGGUGAAUGCCACUGCAACAAAUGACUCAUAAAUCCUUUACUGAGAAUCAAACAGCUUGGAGAAAGAUUCUCUUGAUCAAAGUCAAUUCAUGGAAAUCAAUAUGAGUACAGAAACCAGAUAUGAUCCUCACAUCUCAUCUUAGGGCAAUCUUAUUGUAGUCCUCUAGAUAGAAUCAAUGGAAAACUGAUUAGCCUUACGCAAUUUUGUCAUUAGAGGGUGGUUAUUUCCUUGAAUUCCCCUUUGUCUACGACCCCCAAACUCUUUGACAUACACCCAAAGAACUGUCAUCAUAUAACCAUUUCUUCUUUUUAAUUAUCAAACACUCCUGUUUUUCUCCUUUUCCCCUCGUUGGUGUCUCUUUUCAAGGUGGUGGAAGCGAGGGUUAAGAGGAAGAAUUUCAGAGUGAUAUGAUCCUCUGACGAACUGGGGGUGAAAAUGAUUUAGAUCCAAGGGCCUUUUGUUUUGUUCAAUAGCUCCAUCGCAACUGUUGUAUAUAUUAGGAUAUCGACUAGAACUUUGUCUUCCCAAUAUGACAAAUACUGAUGUUUGAGAAUUGAGAAACCUCAUAUUUUUAUGCUUCAUUUC